UGUUGAGUGUGAUUGAGUGCUUAGGAGGCUCUCUUGUUCUCCUCUGCUUUGGUCAAUUCUAGUUCAUUCUGUGUAUAAUUUCAUUCAUCCUUCUCCUGAAGAAGAAGAAGAAGAAGAAGAAGAAGAAGAAGAAGAAGAAAAGUAAUGAUGUUCACCGAAGGACUCGACGAAACCGCAAUCCAAUGGAUCAAUCAGGGAUCCAAAUUGCCACUUGAAGAACCUCCGAUAAGGUCUCCUCUUACUGUAAAAGACACCACCGACCGUUUUCCAAGAUCUCCUCUUCUCAGCACCGCCAACAGUCUCAAUUCCCCGGUGUUGCCUCCUCUGAAGUUCCAUUCUGCUUUGUUGACACCUCGCAACCUCGCUUUUGGCUUCAAUGGGGAACAAGAGGUGGACGACGACUCUGAUCAAGAAACUGUGGACAUGGAUACCAAUUUCACUGAUGAUGAUGAUGAUGAUGAAGUGGUGUCACAUUCUGCUUCCAACCUUGAUUACUUGGAUGAGGACCAAUUGUUUGGAUGUAAACAACCACAACAAAACCCUAAACCUUCAGGGCGUAAUAAUGGGAUUCUCAGAAAAGGUUUGGUCAAUGAAAAUCUGUCUGUGCAAGUUCCAAACACUGUGAGGAGGUUUACAGAUGGAGGUGAUUUGGGUUUCAAGAAAAAGAUAAUGACUCCAGGUGGUGGUGGUGGUGGUGGUGGAGGAAUUCAGCUUCAAAAGCAUGUUCACCUUCACAAUCAGAAUCUCAAUUGCCUUGAUGAUCCUGCUGAAUUGGCUACUCCAAGUGCCCCUCCAGCUCCUAUUACUGAUGCUGAUUUCUCACUUGAGAAUGAACCGGAUCACCAUGGAAUUGGAUCUUCUGUGGAUUGUGAUGGGAGAAGAAGUGAGAGUUCAGUUGAACAAACACCUAGUGCUGUUGCAAAAGACCCUGAUAUUGUUCAAAGACAGGACACUACUUUUACACAAGACAUGGAAAGGCAGCCUCCUCACUUACAAUGUUACAACACCAGCCGUUGCAAUAGUCAAUAUGCCUGGCAAACCCUUAUCACUUAUGAUGCCUGCAUACGUUUAUGCCUACAAUCAUGGGCGAAAGGCUGUACUGAGGCACCAGAGUUUCUGAAAGAUGAGUGCCUUGCUCUUCGAGCUGCAUUUGGAUUGCACGAGUUCUUGUUGCAACCUCGAGGUGUGAAGCCACCUGAAGGCAUUAGUACAAGGCCUUCCGAACAAACGAUUCCCCUGAAGAUGAACAAGGCUGUAGGGAAAAUAAGAGUAGAAGUGAGGAAACUUCGCAUUAUACCAAGACGAAAACUUAAGAGCGCAAACUCACAGCAAGGAGGAUCAAUAUACAUGCAAGCUGGGAUGGAUUAUGUCCGGCAGGUCUCAUCAAUUGUAAAAAGCGGUAUAAAUUCUAUGAAGUCAUCAUCAAUCUCAUCGGCAUCAGAAGAGCCAUUAUAUUGUUUGCUCCAACUCAAGAGUGCAACAGAAGAAAAUGAAUCAGAGUCAUGUUCUGCAAUUUUUUUACGCCCUGGAAGUGGAGAUUACCAUGAUUUUUUUCCACUGAGCCAAGGGGAUGCUUUACUUGUAGAAGUCCAAGAUUCUAAGAAGACAGUCCACGGUGAAGCCAGGAUUCCAAUUUCAUCCCUGAGCGAUAAUCCUAGUGAUAGAAUCCGGUGGUGGCCAAUAUAUCAUGAUGAACAUGAAUGUGUUGGCAAGAUCCAGCUCUCCAUUGGAAGUACUAUGACAAGUGAUGAGAACAAUCAGAUAAAGAGUGCGCCUGUCGUGGAAACACAAGCGUAUGAUUUAUUGCUAGAGGGUGCCAUGCGUGCAGAAUGUUUCCACUCCCGAAACUUGAGGCUAAGUGGGCCAUGGAAAUGGUUGUUAGAUGCAUUUGCAGACUACUAUGGAGUUUCCAGUUCAUAUGCUAAAUUGAGAUAUUUAUUACAUGUGAUGAAUGUGGCAACUCCAACCAAGGACUGCCUAGAGCUUGUGAGAGAGUUGCUUGAACCCCUAAUAAAGGCCAGAAAUGAAAGGAGUCUGACCAGACAGGAGAGAAGUAUACUUUCAGAUUGUGAAACUCAAAUUGAACGUCUUCUUGCAACUGUUUUUGAGAAUUACAAAUCGCUAGAUGAAAACUCACCAACAGGUUUAACUGAUCAUUUUGGUCCAGCAUCAGACUUGGCAGCACCAGCUCUCGAUCCUGCUGUACAAGUCUACAAUAGUCUUCAUGAUAUAUUAUCUCUUGAUGCUCAAACUAUUCUACGAAACUACCUGCAGACUGCAGCAAGAAAAAGGUGUAGAAAACACAUGAUGGAGACUGAUGAAUUUGUGUCAAGCACCUCUGAAGGUUACCUGCUGGAUCACACUACCAUCUCAACAGCAUACCUGAAGAUGAGAAACCUUUGUGUUACUAUAAGAAGUGAAAUUAUGGCAGACAUAAAGAUACACAGCCAGCACACGAUCCACGGCCAGCAUAUCUUCCCCAGUUCAAUUGACUUGACAAACAUCACAGCAGCCGUUUACAGCACGGAGCUGUGUAAAAGGCUUAGAGCUUUCCUUGCUACAUGGCCACCUUCGAGUCCGCAGGCACAUGUAAAUGAGCUUCUAGUUGCUACUGCAGACUUUGAACGGGAUCUUGAAUCAUGGAGUAUAAGUCCUGUGCAGGGAGGUGUAGACUCCAGAAAUUUGUUCCACAACUACAUCUUGGUUUGGAUACAGGAUAUGCAACUUAGUUUGCUGGAUUCAUGUAAAGCAGAAAAGGUGCCAUGGGCUGGAGUAAUCACAAACCAUUCAACAUCACCAUUUGCCGAGGAAAUGUAUGAGAAAAUCAAAGACAAUCUUAUCCAGUAUGAAGUAGUAAUCAAUAGAUGGCCUCAAUACUCACUUUAUCUGGAAAAUGCUGUUGCAAAUAUUGAAAGGGCAAUCGUGAAAUCCCUUGAGAAACAAUACAGUGAUAUCUUGACUCCUUUGAAAGAUAGCAUACCAAAGAGACUUCACAUGCAAGUUCAAAAGCUAGCAAGAAGACAAACAGCUACUGUUCAAUUGGUUCCUAAUCAAUUGGGAAUAUUCUUGAACACCAUGAAGAGGAUUCUUGAAGUCCUACAUUGUAGAGUGGAAGACAUUCUAAAUUCAUGGGCAUCCUAUCUACCUGUCAUGGGUGAUAAGAAGACAUUGUUUGGGGAGCAAAUGAAUGGAAUAACCGUGCUCUUGAGAACCAAAUACAAAACUUACUUGCAAGCAAUCAUAGGGAAUCUUGUCAACAAUAUACAAGCUAAUAGGAGCACAAGGCUGAAAAAGAUCCUUGAGGAAACAACUGCAGCAGAUGGGGAGGUUGAAGUCCGUGAACGGAUGCAGUUGCUGAAUUCACAACUCAUUGACUUCAUAUCCAACCUGCAUGAAGUCUUCACCAGCCAAAUUUUUACAGCUAUAUGUCGUGGAUUGUGGGACAGAAUGGGACAGAUUAUUUUAAAAUUUCUGGAAGGAAGGAAAGAAAACAGGAUAUGGUACAAUGGGUCUUGUUAUGCACUUGGGAUAUUGGAUGAUACAUUUGCUUCCCAGAUGCAAAGAUUAAGAGGGAAUGCAUUGCAAGAGAAGGAUAUUGAACCCCCUCGCUCUGUGAUCGAAGCCCGAUCUAUUCUUUGUAAAGACACAACAAACACAGCUGAUCCAUCUACUUACUUCUACAUAUAGUUAGCUUUUGAAAUGCUCAUUUGUUGUACAUUGUCAUCAUAAAAACGUGGUACCAAUUUUUUGGGUAAAUGAUUUUUCAUUUCAUUCUUUUGGCACAUAAAUGUAAUGAUAUCUUAGUCAAAGGUUGAAUAAUGAGAUAAGGGAGUUGCUAAA